GCUGGCGGGGCGGCCUCUAUCCUGUCGGUAGGCACCAACCCAGGCGCACCAACGCAGGGUCAGGAGCAGCUCCAAUCGCGCCUGGUUCCGCCGUACCCAUCUCCACGACCUCGGUCUAGCAUGUUCUCCAGGGCCCAGGUGAGGCGAGUUCUGCAAUGGGUUCCCAGGAGCGAGAGACUCGGCACCUACAGGUUCCUGCCCUUCUUUUUUGUCCUCGGAGCAGCGAUGGAGUGGAUCAUGAUCAGAGUGCGCGUCGGACAGGAGACCUUCUAUGAUGUCUACCGUAGAAAAGCCUCAGAAAGACAGUACGAGAGAAGGCUGGACAAUGAAGCAUCGGAGACUGAAGUUCAGCAGUCGAUACAGUGAACAGGGGACUUCACCACUGGUUUCAGCGCCUUUAAAAACGUCCCUUCCAGAGCUCUUGUUCUUAGACAGCUUGUGCCAAGAAUUGGCUCUACAAGAAUGUUCAUGGUUUUAGUUUCUGCUCAAUGCUCCCCAACUUACUGUUGCACAGCACUUGAGGAAAAAUUGUGUCCUCCUAAAAUAUACCCACCCACUGAACCUAGUCCUUGAAAUAUUUUUAAAUAAUUCAAGGAUCAACCAGGAUGCUUUCCAGUGCAGUCUGAAUUAUCUGUGAAGUCCUUUGUUUUUAGACAACAAACGAUAACCUUCUUUACUUUUUUGCAGGAUUCAAAUUUAAUCAUGACAUAAAAGACCUUGCCCGUUGUGAGAUCAUUUACCAGGAUCAAUAAUUCUGACAUUUCUGCUGGCUCCCAAAUUGUAAACAUUUCGCUAGAGUGCUCGAAGUUCCUGACUGUGCACACCUGACUCAUGGCAAGUGCUCUGUGAACAGAAAUAGCCUCGCCCCUGGCUUGGCUCCUGACCUAGGAGGGCUGGGCCUCCGUGAGGACUGCAGGCGGCAGGGUGCACGCUGUCUGUGUGCGGCUGCUGCUGUCAUCCAGCUGCCUAGAGAAACACAGUUGCUCCUUCUGUAAUAAAGUGAACGUACCCAGUGUGAAGCAUUCACAACCUGGAACUAAACCAGAAGGUCGGUCUAUGGGGAAAGACGUAGCACUUUGACCCGGAAUAAGUUUGGGUCAGCUGGUGAAAAAGCACAGGCAUCUUUCCAGGCUUGGAGAACCACAUCCAACAGCCCUUCCAACAGGAAAACACCUGUCAGAGAGGACUAAGUUUCAAGGUAGUUUCUAACUGUUGCUCAUGAAUAAGCGAGCAGAUGCUUAAAGCCACAGGGUAUCCUCAAGCUAAUGAUCUCUGCUACAAACAUCUCUCUAAAAAGUUUCUCAAAGGAUUUUUUUUCUCGUUUAAGUUAGUUCAUUUGUGUUAGAACCAAUUCAGUGAACAUAAAAGAUGACUAUUCAGACUCAAGGCACUACCUGUGGCAAGCUCAGUCACUAGCAGCUAAUAGCUUAUGGGUGAAAGUCAGGGGAGACUGGCAGCAACGGGGGAGGAAUGUGGUUUGUCAUUGUCUCAUGUGCAGUUGUGUCACCUGAAGAGUUCGUGGUGAACCUAACCUGACGUGUUAGCUGACUGCUGCAUGAGAAAUUAAAAUUGUGGUGUGAAGGCCUUUCUGUCAGUUGGGUGGUCUUAUUUCAUGUUCCCUUGCCCUGCCCCAGCUGUACAGAACAUGUAACAUACGCACCUUUUACAACAACUGAUAGUAAACUAGUAAGACCAUUACCCAGCUUCUCCACAAGAACAUUGCCAACAUGCAUCAUUGGCUGUGGGUUCAUUCCCUGGCUCACCCCCCUGCUUCUGCCCCAGAGGGAACCACUAGCCUGAGUUCUGUGUUAACCUGCCCUAGGGUUUUCCUCUCCAUUUGCUUUCCAUUUGCGAAUUGAUUUACUGAAGGACAGAAGACCGUUCAGCUGGCAGGCCAAUGCCUGACUAUUAAACUGAAGAAACUUUCAGAGCAUGUUAGUUUGGAUGCUAUAGAGUAAGACAGAUCUGUGUUAACCAGGUGCAAUCCUUUUUAACUUUACCUCAAAUGGCUUUUUAACUCCCCUACUAGGAAUGUAAGGAGCCCUCCCUGGUGAUGGCACAGUGGUUAAGCACUUGGCUGCUAACUGAAAGGCUGGCAGUGUGAACCUACCAGCCGCUCCACAGGAGAUAAAAGAUGUGGCAGUCUGUAAAGAUUUACAGCCUGGAAAACUCUAUGGGGUCUCUAUAGGGUCACUAUGAGUCGGAAUCUACUCGAUGGUAGUGAGUUUUUGGUACUAGCAAUGUAAUCUACUCGUCAGACACUGGAACUUAAUGAUUUAAAGUGAAAAGAACAGCGCUCUUCUGUGCUGACUGGAGGACCGUAGUGCCCCCUACCGAUAACAAGGCAAAAAUUUUAAUAAACGAUAACCCAAAUUUCAGAAAUUACAGCAAUUAUUUUGUAAUGACCAAUAUUUAAUUAGCACUUAUUGUUAAAAAUCUACCUCCACUGUGGUGUUGGGAAAGAAUAUGGGCUUUGGAGCCUCACUCUAUUAUCUGAAGUAAUAUGGAAAGUCUGGCACAUAGUAAACAAUAAAUGGCUAUUUUUGUUUUUCUAGCA